AUGUUGGAAUUCGUAUUGACAACUUUUGUUUUUGGAUCAAAAGAUGAAUUCUCAACACUUCCCAAAAAAUUAAUUAGUUCUUGGAUGGAAGAAAAUAAAUAUGCUGGAUUAUAUGGGAAGUCAGAUAUAUUUUCAGUUGUGAUUCUUCCAGACUGUGAGGAUAACGAGCUGGUUGAUGUUACAAUAAAUAGUAUACUUUUGACUGCAAAUAGAAAUUUACUUCACGAAAUAAUAAUAAUAUCUAAUGAAUGCCAAGAUUCUGGCAAAGAUAUCAAAAGUGCCUUAGGCGAGAAAUUUUUAGAUAAACCUUUAAUUAAAAUAAUUGAAACAGAAAUGCAAGAAUUGGGAGAAUUACAGAAUCUUGGAGCAAAUAAUUCAACAGGUGAAAUAAUAAUGUUUGUUUCAGCAGCAACACUUUUUCCAAUUAAUUGGAUGUCUCCAAUAAUGAGAAGUUUAAGUGAUAAUUUUAAUUCAAUUAUAAUCCCAGGAUUUAAAAGGUUAGAAAAGAAUAAUUGGAGAUUUUCAACAAAUGACCCCGUAUAUUCACCAAAAAUGAUGUUUACAAAAAAUGAAUUUGAAUUAAUCAAUAUUCAUACAUCAAAUAAUAAGGUCCCAAUGUUUUAUUCAAAAAUCUUUGCGACUACAAAAUCAUGGUGGGAAAAAAUUUCAGGACUUUCUGAUCCAACAAUUAACUUGAUUUUCAAGGCAGGUAUUAACUUGGAUAUUUCUCUGAGAUCUUGGAGUUGUGGAGGCCGGGUAGCACAAAUAAUAGAACUAUCUUUUGGCGUCACCAACGUAAAAAUCCCACAGCCCUCAUUCGAAAUGAGACAAAUUCUGUUAGAAUCUUGGUUAGAUGAUUCAAUAGUACAGAAUAUUUUAAAUAAUAGCAAGAAGCUUAAUAACUUUAUGAAAUCAUCGUCAAGUUUAUUCGAGGCCCUGAUAAAUAAACGUAAAGAACUUAUAAAAGAACAUGAAUGCGACAAAAAAACAAUAUUUACUUCCAAUUUUUACAAUGAGUUAAACGAAGUUGGGCUUAUAGAAUAUCCAAAAAGCCAGAUAAUUUCCAGUGAUAAUGGUUUAUGCUUUACUUUAAUUGGGGACCCGAAAAAACGGGGGGAAAAGAAUUUUGAGUUGAAAUUAUUAAAAUGUAAAACCAAUGAAAACACACAGAGCUUCUAUAUUGAUAGUGAGAGGAAUAUCAUUCGCCACAUGUAUUCAAAUACAUGUUUAAGUAUAGUUCACAAUAAAAAGGAUCCCGACUAUGAAAACAAGAAAAUAGUACUAGUAGAAUGUGAUCAGAACAAUAUAUAUACUCAUAUUGAGUACUGGAAGAAGCGACUUAUUUUUGGUUCUUACUGCAUACAACCAAAAGAGAAAAAUGCAGAAAUGUACUUAACUAAAUGUAUAGGUGAAGAUCAUAAUUCCAAGCAAUUACAAGAAUAUUUUCUUAAAGAGCUUGAAAGUGAUAUAAAGAGGGAUAAUAUGCUAUAG